CCGGUGGAUGACAACCUCUUCGAAUGGGAAGCUGCAAUUAAGGGACCAAAAUAUAGCCCUUAUAGUGGAGGAACUUCUCUGUCAAAUUCAAAACCAAGGUGUUCCACCCCGAUGUUUCUGACAAAGGAGAUGUCUAUCUGUAGAUGCUGGACAAUGGAUGGGCUCCUGAUACUAAUUCAGCUUUGGGGAAUGCUCUUUACCCCAAGAUUGAAGCUUCCUGAUAAGGUGAAUGAGAAUACUCUGGUGUAUGUCUCUUACAGGGAGAAGUUUAAUAGAAAAGCUGCUGAGUGGACGCGAUUAUAUGUUAUGAAUUAAGGAGUUCGUUUGUUUUAUGACCACAAUGCUAUCUAUGUUGUAAUAAACUUUCAAACAUCAUAGUAAUGUUUGAAAAAUUUCUAAACUGCAACAUUCUUAACUUUUUUAUUAUGAAUAAAUCAAUUCCGUUUGCUUCACUAUUAAUGCAGAUGGUGCUUCUAAAUUGUUACUUGUAUUGGUGA